UUCACACUCCACCAUCAGAGACUAGGCCUGAAUCUGCAAAAAUCUCUGAAAUGGAGCCAAGAUCCCACACUAUGAGCGAGUCUUCCAAAAUCAACUAUGCUCACAAGAGUUUUGAGAAAUUAGGAGAAAUCAUUGAGCAGUAUGGGCUACAAGGAUGGGCAACUGAACAAAAAUGGGUAACAAGAGUCGGUCAAGUACAGUGGAGGAUGUGCAGGAAGCUGGAAAUUCUUAUGCACCUGAUCGAUGAAUAUGAGUAUGUACGCAAGAAGCGAAAAAAAUUGUUCGGGAAAUCUCCAGCUGGAGUCUAUAGGCUCCACAAGAGACUCAAGAUCCGUUGCUUGAUGAAGGAUUAUGUAUGCAUGAGGAAAUGGUUAGUAAUAGAAGACCUUGCUGCAAAGGCUUCGGAUUUGGUUGCAGUUAGAAACCGGAUUGAGGGUUGUAUGGACAAUCUCAAAUCAGUAAUGAGUCUGGCAUCCAAACUUCCAUUUUUUCUGGUUCGGGAUGUCUGUGAAUAUGUCACGGUUUAUGGAACCAGUUUGGUCUAUCCUUUGAGGGGCUGUGCUUGGAUUGAUCCCUCAUCCCGCCUGCUUCUUGCAGCGAAGAAUGAGCAGCCUAACUUCCCUUGUUUGGAGGAGCAGUUGAAUGUAGAUUGAUAUACCUGUUUUGUUGAUCUAGAAACUGAAUUGGACAUAGUAAAUACUUGAGUUGCGUGGCGUCUUCUAUGCAUCCCUAAGAAGGCGAUGGAGAUAUUACGAUAUACAUAAAAAUCAUAUGGUGUUGAACUGUUGAUGGGCGAAA